UGUUGGCGCAAAACACAGCCUCAGCCACUUCGAUCUCAGCCUCCUUGAGGCAUCAUACAUAGCCCUAGGAGGUCGCCAAAAUCUUUUCAAGUUAUUUUCAGGGAAUAAGAAGCUAUUUUUUGACAGCGAUUUCGUUUAUAUUUGCAGUCAUGCUCAACUACCAUCACCCAACAAUGGCGCCAAGCCUCCUCCUCUUCGCAGCCGUCGCCCAAGGCUACGAAACCUUCCACAUCCAAUGCACCAGCCCUUCCACGACGGUCAACUUUGUCUCCUCUGCGGACAAGAGGGGAACCACGGAUAUUCUUUUCAGCUGCCUCUUUACGAUCAUUGCCUGCACAUGGACAGUCCAGCAUCUCAACGUUCCGGAGCAAAGAGAAGGUCGUGACCCGGGCUGGCUAGGCGACAUCAAGUGGGCAUCGAAACGAGCCUGGACAAGCACUAAAUGGAUGUUGUUCACUGUCCUCGCACCCGAAUUCCUGCUCGCGAAGAGCGUCGCAGAUCUAAGGGCAAUUGAUAGCACAAUGGCUAAGUUUCGAAAGUUCGCUGCCGAAGAUGGUGUUCCAUGGACCAGGGUACAUUCGCAUUUUGCGAAUAUGGGAGGGUUCGUCCUUAGAGUCGGUGGCGAUACUACGGAACCAAACGAUGCCUCAUCUAUGUCUUACUCGAACCCUUACCACCUCGAUGCUAGCAAUAUCUUAGCCUUGAGAGAAGCUGGUUUAUUGACAAAACUACCAUCGAUUACUCAGGAGGAGAUCAGCGAUAAAAGCAAAAGCGACGGUCUUAUUCGUGCGAUCACUGUCGUCCAGAUUGUUUGGAUGAUGGUUCAGAUCAUCGUUCGAGCUAGCAGAAACCUGACGAUCUCACAGCUGGAGAUUUCUGUCCUUGCUUUUGCAUCAUGUGCAAUUGUGUUGUAUGGGCUUAACUGGGAAAAGCCGAAGGGAGUUCAAGUGCCUUAUGCCUUAAUGACUUAUGAAGGAGAAAUUCCUCGCUCUUUUCUACCAGUUCUCCGAGAACAGAAACGGCCAAAUUCGAUAGUAAAAGACUUUGUUGACAUACUCAAUUUUGUUGAAGUAGAUCUUGAAGACAACCAACUGGGAGCUCCAAUACGGAAUGAUAUAAGCUAUUUUAAUGCCGGUUACUCGACUAAUUCUGAUUAUGUGGGGCUUCUGAUAGGAAGCGUGAUAUUCGGCGCUAUCCAUCUUGCGGCAUGGAAUUUCGUGUUUCCCACUUCGAUAGAGAAAACGAUUUGGAGGAUUGCAAGCACUUUUUGCACCUCGGGUAUGUUUGUUUUAUUUGGCAGCAUCAUGAUGAUACUCGGGGCUCUAGAGAGAUUCGAAAUAUCCACAUUUUUGACGGAGAGUUUCUUGAACCCCAUCGUAGUACUGAUAUGCUUUGGAUAUGUACUUGCAAGGCUCUUCAUGAUAGUGGAAACAUUUCGCACACUUUUCUUCCUUCCACCUUCUGCUUAUAUAGCCACAUGGGCAUCAAAUGUACCACACAUUGCCUGAGAAAUGGCAAAGCAAUAGCUUUAACGUUCUCAAAAUGAAUACUAG